AUGCCAGUGGUAGAGAAGCCAGAGGCGACCGAUGUGCCCGCUCCUGAAGGGGAUUAUAAUCUAAUCCUGCCCUUUACGUUUCUCAACCAUCAAGAAACAGCUUGUGGAGCCCUUCUCAUCCUCAAUCAAGAUCUAUCAGGGUCGGGUGUCUUGAAGUUGUGGCAACGAACUCAAUUGCAUGUUUGUGCUGAUGGUGGUGCCAAUCGGUUAUAUUCUUUCUGGAAGUCCGAUGAUGAUCGCAAGAAAUACAUUCCAGAUUUCAUUGUGGGUGAUCUUGACCUGUUGCUGGUCGAAGUUCGGGAUUACUACAAAUCACAUGGCUCAAGGAUUAUUCCUCAAUAUUCGCAAUACGCCACUGAUUUAACAAAGUCGCUUUAUCUUAUUCGUGUGUGGUAUCGAAAUGCCAAGCUCCUUGAAUCCGAUAUAGAGGAACAUGAAGGGCUCCUUAAGUUGUCUGACGAGAUCAACGAGACUGACAAGCUGACCUCUAAUAAUGUCUACAUUAUUGGAGGUAUGGGAGGUCGAUUCGAUCAAUCAGCUCACCUGAUCAAUCAGUUGUUCAAAAUUACAAUGAUGCUUAACCGUGAGCUUGACUUAUUCAUGAUAACCACUACGGACGUUAUAUUUUCGACUCAAAAGGGUACAAACUACAUCACCUAUGAAAACAAGCUGUUAUUCUACCCAUCAAAAAAGGUUCCAAUUUGUGGGAUUCUCCCUCUUGGCUGUCCCACGGUUUUGAACACUAACGGACUCAUAUAUGAUGUUAUUGAUUGGCCUAGUAGCAUGUAUGGUGAUGCUAGUUCCAGUAAUGGUGUUUCGGGUACUAAGGGGUUCAUUGUUGACACUACCGAGCCUGUUAUCAUAAACAUCGAGUUUGACAUUCUGUUGAUACAGUGA